GGAGAAUCCGUCCCGAGAGGGAGCGGGGCCGGCGGGGCGCGGCUGCGCAGAGCGCGGCUUCCUGAGUGUCUGGUGGCGGCGGCCAUUUUGUGGUGUUUCUUCCCUCUCAGGUCUGGGGCUGCCGUGUCGGGACCUGGCGAGGGGUCGAGACGGAGCGGGGGGAGCCGGGGCCCUCACCCUUACCUUCCCUUCGCCUCCCUGCGCGGCCGAGCCCCCCUCUCGGGCGCUGCCCCCGGCUGCGGCUGAGAGCGGAGCUCGCCCACCAUUAUGGAAGACGACGGGCAACCCAGGACCCUCUAUGUAGGAAACCUCUCCAGAGAUGUGACUGAAGUUCUUAUACUUCAGUUAUUCAGCCAGAUUGGACCAUGCAAAAGCUGUAAAAUGAUAACAGAGCAUACAAGCAAUGACCCUUAUUGCUUUGUGGAAUUUUAUGAACACAGAGAUGCAGCUGCUGCAUUAGCUGCUAUGAAUGGGAGAAAAAUUUUGGGGAAGGAGGUCAAAGUAAACUGGGCAACAACACCAAGUAGCCAGAAAAAGGAUACAUCCAAUCACUUCCAUGUGUUCGUUGGGGAUUUAAGUCCAGAAAUAACAACAGAAGACAUCAAGUCAGCAUUUGCUCCCUUUGGUAAAAUAUCAAUUGCUCAUAAGAAUGGACAGGAUCUUGAAGGCUAACUGCAAGGAACUGUGCACACUGGAACUCAGUUGUAGAUUUUUUCUCAUUUCUAUUUAUUCUUAUUAUACAUUAUUUAUAUAUACAUAUUUUAGUAUUUACAUUUUAACAUUCUAUAUUCAGUGCAGUUCUAUAUUUCCAAUCAUUUUAACUUACUCACUAAAAUUUCUGUGUAAAUUUGUUGUUUUCGUACUGGUGUGCUUAGCAUUGUUGUUAGUUUUAUUCUCCUUUUCUUUAAAUAUCUGAAAAUGUCAAUUUUUCAAAAUUUACAGCUCCCCAAACUCCAAAAUGAUGCUAGAGAGUUGACCAAGAAAAAUAAAGAAAUCUGUUAACAGGCCAUGGAUGCACGGGUAGUUAAAGAUAUGGCAACUGGAAAGUCAAAAGGCUAUGGUUUUGUAUCUUUUUAUAACAAACUGGAUGCAGAAAAUGCUAUUGUACACAUGGGAGGCCAGUGGUUGGGAGGCCGUCAGAUCAGAACUAACUGGGCAACGCGGAAACCACCAGCCCCCAAAAAUACACAAGAAAAUAAUACAAAACAGUUGAGAUUUGAAGAUGUAGUAAAUCAAUCAAGUCCAAAAAAUUGUACUGUGUACUGUGGAGGAAUCGCCUCUGGGCUAACAGAUCAACUUAUGAGACAGACUUUUUCCCCAUUUGGACAGAUAAUGGAAAUAAGGGUGUUUCCAGAAAAAGGUUACUCAUUUGUCAGAUUUUCAACCCAUGAAAGUGCAGCACACGCUAUUGUUUCAGUUAAUGGAACCACAAUUGAAGGACAUGUUGUUAAAUGUUAUUGGGGUAAAGAGUCCCCUGAUAUGACUAAAAACUUCCAACAGGUGGAUUACAGCCAGUGGGGGCAAUGGAGCCAAGUAUACGGAAAUCCACAGCAGUAUGGGCAAUAUAUGGCUAAUGGGUGGCAAGUACCAUCAUAUGGAAUGUAUGGCCAAGCAUGGAAUCAACAGGGUUUUGGAGUAGACCAAUCGCCAUCUGCUGCCUGGAUGGGUGGAUUUGGUGCUCAGCCUCCCCAGGGACAAGGUGCUCCUGUAAUACCUAACCAAGCUGGAUAUGGUAUGGCAAGCUACCAAACACAGUGAGCUGGGACUCUGUUUAAAAGUGUGUAUUUCAUGAUAGGCUGCAGUUUCCAGUGACAUUCUGAAGACUGGAAUGUAGACAAUGAAAAAAAAAAGAAAAUAUUUAUUUUAAAAAUGGAAAUGUUUGGAACCUUUAGCACAGCUUUGCUUUGGUGAAGGACACAAAUGUCUUCUAGUUCUGCCUUUUAAAGUUUUUUGUUCAUGAUGGAGAUGAACAUGUUUUUCUUUGUGUACAAAAAUGAAAAAUAAAGUCAAUAAAGACAAUUCUGACUACAAAUUUUGAUAUAGUAGGGGAAAUGGCUAAUGGAUCUGAUCUUUAGGUUACCAUUCCAUUCUGUUUUUUUUUUCUUGUGUGUGUUCUGUCUUCAGUGUUUUACAUCACUGUGCUUUUUAAGAGAGAGGACGUUGCAAAACGGCAAGUUGCUUUUAGUCGAACACGCCUCCUGAAAUAAACUGUGGACCAAUCAUUCCAGCCAAGAAGACAGUAUUGAUUUUCCCAGUACCUAUGGGCAGAGCUCAGAAAGGAUGUGUGGGGCUUGAAGUAACUUUUUUAAAGAUAUAUUUAAUUUUUCUACAUGCAUAAGGAGUCUGAUACAAAGAAUAGGUCAGCCUAAAGUGAAAACCAGUACUGUCUGAGUAACAUCACAUCACUUUUACUGUCCACGUUCAGGCCCACGUGAAACCUUUUCAGGGCUGGUUUACUUAUUAAGACUGUAGGAAUUUGCUUUUAAUUUUGAGAAGUAAAAGGCUUUUGCAAGUAUGUUGUUUGUACUCAAAGCAGACACUCAUACUUGGGCUUUUCCAUCAAGUUUGAAGGCUACACAUUGUAAAUAUUUCAUAAUGACAGUGUUUCAAAAGCAUGCUCAAACAUAGAAGUAGCAAUGUAAUUAUUCAAAGUAAUACUUAAUAUACUCUACUGCUUUCAAGGCAGUAGAUUGACAAGAAUGUGCAAGACUGACAUUUCCAAAGUUGGCUAUUAUGUAAAGUUACAUAAAGAACUAUAACAAAGAGCCUUAAUUUUAAUUUCAUAAAUCUUUAAUGCAUCACCUUUUUUGUCAUUAGAAAUACCAGUUUUUUGCUUUACAUUAUUUGGUAUGUAAAUACCUUGGUUAACAACCUUGUAAAACCUAUUUCAAGGUUCUUCUAAGUUGUAUAGUAUCUUGAGUGUUUUGAAAAAACCUGGAUGUUUUUUAAGUCUAGAAAUAUUUUGCCCAAGAAUUUUUUAACAAGAUUGUUAAAAACAUCUUAUUUUAGAGACUAUUCAAUGUGCCAUUUGGUAAAUGGAGAUGCAGUUGAACCAGUACACUGAGUUGUGACUUAUUUUUAAUUCCAGUUUUUUGUCUUGCUGGGUGGUUUGCAUGUGAUGAACCUGUACAGAGGCUGGGUUGUUUGUGUACUGAGUGUGUAAAUGGAUAAAUCAUGAAGAUGUUUAAAUGGUAUACUUGGGUUCUUUCUGAAUUAUUUUCUGGAUACAUUGAUAUAAACUGCCUCAAUAAAUUUGAAGUUGAAAAUGAAUGUAAGUUAGAUACAAGUACUGUGUCUUACCUGUGACAGCUAGGGGGUGCAGGUGGUCCAGCUGUGUACCAGAUGCAGAGGCAGGCACAGUUCAAAAAGCAACUCUAGGAUUUGCAGUGGUAGUUCAGUGAAGCCAACCUGCAUUUUAACAGGGGCAGAAUGUUUGGUUUUAGAGGUGAUAGUUGUAAAUGAGUGUCUGAGGAGCUGUACAUUUUCUCUUUUGUGUUUCUUGCCAUGCAGGUGGUAGAAUAGCUUUUUGAAAUGGAAACUUGCCAUUUUGUUAAACCCGGUCAGGUUGUGCAAAUAAUUACACUUGAUGCUGUAGCAAAUCACAUGAGGCUUGGUUUUUAUUCCCUCCUCUUCUACUUGACAUGUUAAAUAGUACCUUGACUUCUAGAUCAGGUUGAAAGUGAGAUAUAUUGAAAGAGUAAUUUAGUCAGUUGGCUCAGCUGUACCCAGAGAUAUAUAUAACUCUGGGUAUCUAAUGCAUGCAAUAAUGACUGAAGUUAGUGUGGAACCAGAAGUGCUUGUGAUGACAGAAUUGGCCCUUUAUCUCUGUUUGUCCCUUAUGGUAUCUGUAGUGUUUUUCUGCCUAAGUUAGGAGUCUUGCUACAGGACUUUGAGUUUUCUAUGGAUUUUGUAUAUAUGUGUAUAUCUACGCGAGGAUCGGCCUAUACAUUGCAGUUUGGGGAAAAAAGAAUCACAAGUAAGUCUGCAGUUUUGUUACAUUUAUCAGGUUUAAAAAGAAAUCACAAGUCAGUAGAAAUAUGAACUUACAAGUUUCUGUAAGGUUUCUUAGACUUCACUUGAAAUCUGAGGUUUCUACAUAAUUCUAGGUGUUUUAACAUAUGACUGCGUGCUGGUAUGUAAGCAGUGUGUUCUUUAGGCACUGCUGAAGAUCUAGAUAAUGCGAAUACCUUGCCAUGUGAAUGCCCUUGUAAAUGGGUGUAAGAUUAAGGCAGUGAUCUUUGAGACCUCAAUGUGUAGAUCACGUUAAAUCUGUUAUUUAAUAUGCCUGCUAUAGGGCUGGACUAUACCUGACCUGUGUUUAAGGAUGAAAGAGUAUCUACUUUCUCAUCAAAGUCUUUUGUCAUUGAUUUUUAUACAGCUUUUCUUUAAUGGUGAUAUUUCUUCGCAGACUUCUCAAGAUAUGGGAGUCUCCAGUGUCCUUUAAUGUUUCUCUAGCACUGCGAGGGAGAGUUGUAACUUGGAUUGCUUUCUACUCAGUAGUGUUCAGAAAUGCAUCACUGACAGUGUUUUUGGCACCAAAGAGCCUCUUGCGCCACACUGCUUUUACGAGUGACUGUUACACCACUGUCAUUUCUCUAACUACAGAAAUCAACCACUACCGAACCCCUUAACCACUACAAGGCUUUGGAUUUCCAAACAUACUGAUUUCUAAUGGCUUAAGUUGAUGCGUACAACCUGAAGCAAGGUUGAAAUCUGCAUUUGCAGGAAAUGUUCAAUAAAAGUGAAACAUGAUAAAGGG